UUCAAAUCUGGCCAUAAAACAGAAUGUCUGUAUUUCAUGCAAUAAAACAAUUAGAAGAGAAAAAUGUUGCUAACGAAAUUAAUUGCAUGGUUUGGAGUGACCGAAUGGACCUAGUAGCAUUUUCAAAUGUUAAAGGUGAAGUAGCUCUGCAUAGACUCUCGUGGACCAGGGCUUGGAUUUUAAAUUCACCUAGGGAAGGAUUAAAAGUUACAGGUAUAGCUUGGAGACCAGAUGGAAAAAUAUUGGCUGUAGGAUAUAGUUCUGGUGAAGUAUUACUGAUUAGUAUUGAAAAUAAGAAGGUAGUGAAUGUAAAAGAAACAAACGCUGAGAUCUCUUGCAUUUCUUGGGUGCAAGAGAAAGUUGAAGCUAAACCUAAAGAUGUCCUGAAUCUCAAAGAUGAAGAACCAAAUGAUUAUAUGAAAUAUGUAGAUCUUUCCAAAUUAUACAUCAGAGAUCCUCUUCCUGCAUCGUUGAUAGAUAGUUCUUCUAAUUCAGAAGAGGUAAAAGAAACUAAUUUUUUACAAGAUCAAACCGAGCUCAAUUUAUUAUUAGUGGGUACGAAGGAUGGUUACGUCCACGUAAGAAUUUUCGGCUGUUUUACUUGCGCUAUAUUAAACAUAAACAAAUACCUAGGUUACUGUUGUUCAAUAGAAAACGUUCAUUUAAGUGAAGAUUUGAACAAAAUAUUCGUAACAGUAAAAGACUUGGAAAAUAAUAUAAAAAUAGUGUUAGUUGAUUCCAAAAUACUCAAGUCCCAUACGAAGGAACUCUUUUCUGUGGCGUUAAAAUAUGUGAAAUUAUUAGAUUUGGUGACAUACUUGAAAAAUACCAUCACAAAUAUAACGGAAACUUGGGAGAGCUUCUUGCUUGAAAUCGACCACAAACUCUCAAAGUACGCGAAGAAAGUGCCAGAAGGAGGGGUCACCGCUGACUUUCUAGACUUGUUAAUGUUUGGUAGCUGUUCUCCUGAACUGGAGGAAUUUCUGAUGACCGACUUGACAAAAAAAGGAUUAGAGAAGUUCGGACAAACCAUAGAAAUGAGUUAUGCAAAUAUACAGAAGUUGUUGCUAAAAAACGUAACAAAGUUCGGACAAAAUCUGACGUACCAUCUUGCAGAAUUGAGGGGGAUGGCGAGGCUCGAGCACCGGUACGAGAUUAUCGGUGUAUCAGAGGACUUAAUAACCAAAGCUAUUCAGUCAAAUGGUGCAUUUCUGAUAAAAGCUGGCGAAAUGCAACAAAUAAUAAACCAUUCCGUGAUCAACUACAAAGCUUUCUUCCGUUGGUUAUACGGCGCCAUCCUAUUUAUAAUGGAUGAACCGAUACCGUCCGAGAUCCACAAAAUGGCUCAACAGGACCUCGCCUACAUAACGGAAUUCCUUCAAAAUUUCGAUCAUAUCGGUAGCAAAGACAACCAGAAGAAAAAGGGUUUCAUAAUGGAACGUUUAGGCCAAUAUCUAGCAGACGCCCCAUUAACUAUAACGCCGAAUAUGGAGGGAAACGACUGGACGGCAUUUUUGAAAGAAAACGAGUGUAUUCGGAACCAUUCUAGCAUUUUACAACAUUACACCGACACGUCUCUCAUCCAACAGUUCAAGGACCUCUCGGCUCGAAUCACGGAUAUUUUUGAAACGCCUAAAGACGUAUUGGACAAGCAGUUCAAACCCGUUCACGUAUUCCACCUGUUCAAUUUCGGCGACAAACCCUUACGGAUGUCUUCCAUCAACAUCAACAAAGACCUUCUCUCGUUCAGCUUCCUACAGCCGUCUAGUAGCGUUUACCUUUUACAAGUACACGUGAAUAACGAAAAGUGUUUAGCGAGGUGUGGAAAGUUCUAUUUCUCUCAGCUUCAAGAGGAAAAUCUAAGCGACAUCUAUCAGAUUUUAGAUAUUAAGUUUUACUCGACGAACAUCCUGUCGUUGCUUUUGCAAGAAAACACUAGUUUUAGAAGUGCGACGUUGCUUCAAUUUUCGCUGUCGUCCGCCAUAGACAAGUUAAAGGAAGUUAACGUUUGUGAAAAUAUCGAGAAAACCACCGUUCCCAACACCAACGGGACUAAUUUAAUUCCAAAACUGUAUAAAAAUAUAGAAAUGGCAGCGUCAUUUUUCGCGGUUUCAGGGAGUAGAAGGGUCAGUAUAGUUUUAUCUGAAAAUAGGAGGAAAGUGAAGCUUUUCGAGAUGGAGGCCGAGGAAGAAGAUGAAGACGACGGAAUAAAGGAAGAUGUGAGUAUGCAGGAUAGUGUUCUUGAAUAA